CCGGUGAUGGAGGCCGGCGACGGCACGGAGGAGCCCCCGCUGCCUCUGGCACUGACAAGGUUUCAGCUCUCCGAGGAGUACGGCUUCCUUCUUCCCCAUCCUCUGGUAGGAGACGGCUGUGCCACCGCGUCUGCAUGCCAGGAGACAGAGAGCAGAAAAAUAGAGGGGUUGACAGAGCUGCCGGCGCCCUACGGUCCCUGGAUGGCGAUCGCCCACGACCUGCCCCAGCUGAUCGCGAGCCAUCAGCUCCGCUCACAAGUUCGGCGGGGCAGCCCCCCACUGCGGGGGGCCCUCGGCAUCGCCUGCGGCGCCCCUUGCUCCCGAGGGUCUCCCUGGCAGAUGCCGCAGCUGAGCACCCGGCACCUCCGAGGGCACGAGGAGCUGCACUUGGCGCAUCUGGUGCUCAGCUUCAUCACGAUGGGCUACCUCUGGCAGGAGGGCGAGGAGGGCACCGUGAAGGUCCUGCCCCGAAAUCUCGCUGUCCCUUUCUGGGAGGUCUCAGAGGCCCUCGGCCUCCCCCCCAUCCUCAGUCACGCGGACUUUGUGUUGGCCAACUGGAGGAGGAAGAACCCCAACGGGCCUCUGGAAAUUGAGAACCUGGACCCCAUCAUCUCGCUGCCGGGGGGAGAGAGCCUGCGAGGCUUCAUCCUCGUCACCUUCCUGGUGGAGAAGGCGGCUGUGCCUGGGAUUAAGGCCAUCGUUCAGGCCAUUCGCGCCAUCCUGCAGCUCGACGAGGAGACACUGCACCAGGCCCUGCGGGAGCUGGCGGCGGCCAUCGGGGACAUGAGCAAGGCUUUGAAACGGAUGCACGACUACGUGGAUCCAGCAGUGUUUUACGCUGUGAUCCGGAUAUUUCUCUCCGGCUGGAGAGAUAACCCUGCCAUGCCGGACGGGCUGGUGUACGAAGGUGUGCGUGACGAGCCCAUGGCAUACUCGGGAGGGAGCGCGGCCCAGAGCACCGUCCUUCACGCUUUUGAUGAGCUCCUGGGGAUUUGCCAUAGUGAAGAGAGCACCGCCUUCCUGCACAGGAUGAGGGACUACAUGCCCCCGCCCCACAGAGCCUUUGUGGAGCAGAUCCGCCGUGCCCCCUCCCUGAAGCAGCACGUGCUCUCCUCCGGAGACGCGCGGCUCUGCGCGGCUUUCAACCGCUGCGUCUCCGCGCUGGCAGAUUUCAGGUCCCACCACAUCACCAUCGUCACCAAGUACAUCGCUGCUGCAGCAGCCAAAGCCAAGGCCGGGCGGGCAGAGCCGGGCGACGGGGCUGGCCCCUCCGCGGGGAAGCCCCCGUCCGCGCUGGAGGCCAAAGGGACCGGCGGGUCCCACAUCUUCAGCUUCCUGAAGAGCGUCCGGGACACGACCAGGGCCGGGGUGCUAAGGGCCUGA